CUCUGACCUGGGGCGCUCCGCCCACUUCUGGUCGCCUGGCAAGCACGCGCACUUGCUGGCCUGUUUUGACAGCUUCGGGUCGCCGGGAAUAAGAGGGAGCAGGAGGUGUCGCGAGAGUUGGCCUCAAGCCUUGUGGGAGCAGUGACUAUGGCGAGCUUGGAGGCCAAGGCUGAGCAGGAGCCGCUCUUAAGCGACAGCCUACCCGGAAGCAGGGAAUGGGAUAUUAUAGAAACUGAGGAGCAUUAUAAGAGUCGAUGGAGAUCUAUUAGGAUUCUGUAUCUUACUAUGUUUCUCAGCAGUGUAGGAUUUUCUAUCGUGAUGAUGUCAAUAUGGCCAUAUCUCCAAAAGAUUGAUCAGACAGCCGAUGCAAGUUUUUUGGGCUGGGUUAUUGCUUCGUUUAGUCUUGGCCAAAUGGUAGCUUCACCUAUAUUUGGUUUGUGGUCUAAUUAUAGACCAAGAAAAGAACCUCUUAUUGUUUCAACUCUCAUUUCGGUGGGAGCCAACUGCCUCUAUGCGUAUGUCCACGUUCCAGCUUCUCAUAAUAAAUACUACAUGUUGGUUGCUCGAGGAUUGGUGGGAUUUGGAGCAGGUCUCAACAUGAAUAGAAAUGUAGCAGUUAUUAGAUCAUAUAUUGCUGGUGCUACCUCUCUUCAGGAAAGAACAAGUUCUAUGGCAAACACAAGUGCAUGUCAAGCAUUAGGUUUUAUUCUAGGUCCAGUUUUUCAGACUUGUUUUGCACUCAUUGGAGAAAAGGGCGUGACAUGGGAUACCAUUAAGCUGCAGAUAAACAUGUACACAGCACCAGUUUUACUUGGCGCCUUCCUGGGAAUUUUAAAUAUUAUUCUGAUCCUUACAAUAUUAAGAGAACAUCGUGUGGAUGACUCAGGACGACAGUGUAAAAAUGUUAAUUUUGAAGAAGCAAGUACAGAUGAAAUUCAAGUCCCUCAAGGAAGUAUUGAUCAAGUUGCUGUUGUGGCCAGCAAUGUUCUGUUUUUCGUGAUUCUGUUUAUCUUUGCCCUUUUUGAAACGAUCGUUACUCCAUUAACAAUGGACAUGUAUGCCUGGACCAGAGAACAAGCUGUAUUGUAUGAUGGAAUAAUCCUUGCUGCUCUUGGAGUCGAGGCAGUUAUUAUUUUCAUGGGGGUAAAAUUACUUUCCAAAAAGAUUGGCGAGCGUGCUAUUCUGCUGGGAGGACUCAUCGUUGUAUGGGCUGGCUUCUUCAUCCUGUUACCUUGGGGAAAUCAGUUUCCCAAAAUACAGUGGGAAGAUUUACAUAAUAAUUCAAUCCCUAAUACCACAUUUGGGGAAAUAAUUAUUACUCUUUGGAAGUCUCCAAGAGAAGAUCACAAUGAAGGACCAACUGGUUGCCCAAUUGAACAAGCCUGGUGCCUCUACACCCCCAUGAUCCAUCUGGCCCAGUUCCUCACAUCAGCUGUGCUAAUUGGAAUAGGCUAUCCAUCCUGCAAUGUUAUGUCCUAUACAUUAUAUUCAAAAAUUCUGGGACCAAAACCUCAGGGUGUGUACAUGGGCUGGUUAACAGCUUCUGGAAGUGCAGCACGGAUUCUUGGACCCGUGUUCAUCAGCCAAGUGUACACUUCCUGGGGCCCACGGUGGGCCUUCAGCCUUGUGUGUGGAAUGGUGGUGCUUACCAUCACACUCCUGGGUGUGGUUUACAAAAGACUCAUCGCAUAUUCCAUACGGCAUGGAAGGAGUCAAGAGUAACCUAGCUGAGACUAGGAUGGAAUGUACUUGCUGUGUGAAACUUUCUCUUCUAAGGCUCAGCUAGACAAUUGCUAUGAGUCAGUUUCCUAAAGUCAGGUUGCAGAUAUUAUAUAUUUUGAAUAACCAGAAAAUAUGUUGAAUAACACAGGGCAUUCUGUGCUUAAUUGUGAAUAGCAAGAUAAUGUAAAAAUUCUGGAUCAUAGUUUUCUUAUCUCAAAAAAGAAAUAGUCUUCAUAUAACAUUUUCUUUGGGUGGCAUGAACUCAUGAGUGAAUAGACAAUGGUCUACGAAUGUGAGGUUGUAGUCUUAAUUCAAACUGCAGAGGUGUCAUUAAAAUAAUGAGAGACCGUCUAUGCAGUAAAACCAUAAGGACAGUUCUGUAUGAAUUACCUGUAAUAGAAUGAAAUUAUAGAAAUUGUUUACCUAAAUAGAGGUACUUUUAUUCAAAUGUACCUCCUUUUUGUUAAUUUAAAAAUGCAUUUUGUUAUUAUCAAGUUUUCCUUAUGAAGCAAAUUUAUGACUCUUAUAUUUUCCACUUACCAUUCCUGCCAUCCUGCCUUGACUUCUAUAAGUCAUUAGUUUUAAUACUACACUUACUGUCUUCUUUUAGUUCAGGAUCUCAUUGAGUAACCCCUAAAUUAAUGGAUGAGUGUGAGUAAUGUUCAUAAAUGAGCAAUAAAGCGGAUUAAGAGAUCAGGACGGAUUUCACUACCUUAGGUAGGGAUAACUUACUUUUUUUCUUUCAAGUCCUAAUAAAUAAUUCACUUUAGAAACAUAAGCCAGGUAUGUGCUAUUGUAUACAUAUGUUGAACAGAAAACUGUUAAAAUUAUUGGCAUUUUUCAAUUCCCUUAAAUUCUAGAGAAAAACCGUUAUUUAUUUACUUUUUCUAUCUCUCGGUACUGGGAAGACACAACAGUUUUCAAUCUGUGUCAGCAUAGCUACUCAGAACUGCAGGCCAUGACAGUCCCUGUCUAAUCAGUAUUUGAGAUAAAAUGGCUUUAAUCUAAUAGUUUACUGAGUUUACUAGAAGUUGGCUAAAUCACACUUUCUAUGUAUACAUUUCUACCUCUGCGUAAGCUGAAUGCUGCUAAUAGAGACUAGUACAGAACUAUUUAUAUGGAUAAUCAAUAUUACCCCAAAAUGUAAAAAUAUUUCUAAAUACUUUUCUAAAUGUUUCCUACUGUAAGAUAUACAUAUUUUCAAAUCUGAGAGUAAACACUAUAAUCUGCACUUUA